CAAAACUGUCAAAAUGGCAGAAGCUGUGAAACAAAAUUUCGACUCUUGGAAGGUGAAAUUAGAUAAGAAAUUGCACGAAGAAAACUCAGUGAAUGAUGCUCUUGCAAAGGUCGAAGCUAAAACCGGUGUAAGGCGCCUUUACCUCGUGUUAGGUUUGGUAGCAUUCCUAGCACUUUAUCUUAUGGUAGGAUAUGGGGCGCAGUUCUUGUGUAACUUCCUUGGUUUCCUAUAUCCAGCAUAUGCAUCCGUGAAGGCUAUAGAAAGUACAAGAAAGGAUGACGAUACUCAGUGGCUGACAUACUGGGUCGUUUACAGCGCAUUCAGCCUCGUUGAAUUCUUCGCUGACAUCUUCCUAUUCUGGAUACCCUUCUAUUGGCUACUCAAGUGUAUUUUCCUGGUCUACUGUUUUGCCCCAUUCCCCUGGAACGGCUCUAAUGUGAUCUACAACAGAUUCAUUAGACCAUUCAUCCUUCGCCACCAGGAAAAAGUUGAUGACACACUAGAUAAAAUGGGCCAAGCCGCUGAAGGUCUUGCCAAUGAUGCUAUCUCAGAAGCAGCGCAGGCUGCAGCCAGAAAUGCCACAAAACUGGACUAGAGUGUCGUCUGCUCCGACCAUUGCAUUAUGGGAAGGAGUAUUUAUAAAACACACAUUCAUUCUAACAAUUUCCUUACUGUAUUAUUACCUGUGUGAAUUGGAUUGAACGCCCCGCUGUUGAGUGUAAAUGGGAUGCAGUCUGCAUGGAACCUUGCAUUAUUGGAAAGAGUCCCUUUAAUCGUAUUAGGGUGUCUACUGAGAUAAUUGCAUUAUGGGAAGGAAUCUUGGAUUUGCAUUGGAUAUGACACCUCAGCCAGUCAACUGCAAUGUCAAUAGAAUGUCAUCUGCCAGAACUAUUGCAUUAUGGGACACCGUAUAAAGGAUUACAUUCAAUGAAAUUUUGUGAUUCCUACAUGACUAGAUUCUAGAAUGCAGAUUGACUCCUCAUUGUAUAAAAUACAUAAAGUCCCAUUAUUUGUGUUCAUAUAGCUGUAUGUUGUGAAGAUGUUUGAACUAUUUAUAUAAAAGAAUGUUUGUAAUAAUUAAGUACUUGUACAUCAGCAUUUACUCUAGGAAUUAUAAUCAAUGAAUUUCAUAUUUGAGUGCAAUUUUACAAUCAUGUAUUGUAAA